UCGUUAGGUUGUGASUGCGUAGUUUCGGGUAUGGUCAUCAUUUGAGAGCUCGUUAUAACCRAGAGUACUUACCACGAGMUUGAAAAAUGCUGUUAUCGUAUACGCAGAUGUUUUAUCUACUCGCAUGUGGCGUAGCAGUUGUGGGACAGCUUGUUCUAGCUUCAGAACCCUGUCCUAUAAAUCCAUCAAUCAUCACAAAUAUGWCGAAAUGCGAAUCAAUAAGAACAGGAUUUUGCUAUAAAAACAACUGUAGAAGAUGCUGCUACUUUCAUAAUUCAUGUAAUCCUCACCCUGGUCURCUUGUAUCAAGAGAAAAGUGUAGACAAGAUCUCUGUCGUCCAGUCAWAUGUACCUACCCAGGAGAAUACUGCGAUCUAACCAAAGACAAUGCACCAAAAUGCCACUGUCCCGAGUCUUGCCCCGAAGAUCAAUUCAAGUCCGCAAGUGUUUGUGGGACUGAUGGUUUGACGUAUAAAAGCGUGUGUGCUCUUAAUAGAACGUCAUGUCUGCUUGGAAUGCAUAUUACUGUUAAAUUCACUGGAUCUUGCGAUUUACAAAGCCGAUAUCUCUUUAUCAGUCCAUUACAUAAAAACACCGCGAUACUCGAACUGAACCAGCCUGGUAAAAUACAGUGUUUAUUCCUUGGUGACCCUAUAUCAAUCACUUGGACAAAACUUGAAAUGGACAGUCUCCCACCGCGCAUGAUCCCCAUUAAAGACACGCUGGUCAUACCACAAGUUAGAAUCGCAGACGAGGGUACCUACAGAUGUGAAGCGUAUAAUGGAUUAUCUAUCGUCGAAGCAUUUGUCAAAGUAACAGUUGAUUACGAUUCAGAGAAUAUGAACCUGGACUACAGUAAACGAACCAAGGCAUCAUGUCUCCUUCCUCUUCGCUAUGGCUACUGCACCCAACAUGACGUCAGGUGGUAUUUUGAUGCCGCGACACGAACAUGUCAGCCCUUUGUAUACAGCGGUUGUGGAAGAAAUGAGAAUAACUUUAAGAAGGAGAAGCAGUGCAAAUCAGCUUGUGGCCACUGGGCUGGUGACAUCUGUCAGUUACCGAAGAAGAGAGGCCCAUGCAAAGCAUACAUCCCAAGAUGGCAUUACGAUAAAGACAAAGCUCAAUGCACGAGAUUUAUCUACGGCGGUUGCCGUGGCAAUGCAAACCGAUUUUUUUCAAAGCUGUCAUGUGAAGCUAAGUGCAGAGCACAGAAAGGGUAUUUAUCUCCUUGUAUCAAGCUCUACAUGAAUGCAGUGAACAGCCACAGGAAAGGACUAUUUAGACCAAGAUGCACUUCAAGAGGAGAAUUUCAAAAGACCCAGUGCCAUGCCUCAGUUUGUUUUUGUAUGGAUGAGAAUGGCGUCGAAAUGCAAGGAACCAGGGUACCGAAUGGACAAUACAUCAACUGUACUUCAAAAGUAAACCACUGUCUCACCCAGAGAAAGACCCUCGACAAAAACCCCUUCUCUGGUCAACACGUUCCGCAAUGCAAAUCCGACGGCACUUACCAGAACGUCCAGUGUAGCCCGCUUACCGGACAGUGCUGGUGUGUCGAUGCCGCUGGCAAUGAGAUGAGUGGAACGCGGACUCGUGGACCUUUAAUGUGUCCCUCAUUAGAUGCCGAAUUGACGAAUUGUCAAAGUCAUUACAUAGAGAAUGCCAAGUCCCCACGUAACGAUGGGUUUGUUACGCAGUGCGCUACGGAUGGUCGUUACCUUCCCGUUCAGUGUCGUGGCGAUAGCAACGUAACGUGCUCUUGCGUUGACCAAGAAACGGGRGAAUUACGCCGUGGAACAGACAUAACCAUAACACUGGGAUUUCCGCAGUGUUUGUCAUCAGGUGGUCUUACACUUUGCCAGCGAAUGCACCAAGAAGCCAUUAGACACCCAGAGAUGUCGAACUUCAUACCACAGUGCACUGAAGAUGGUCGUUUUGAGCAUGUCCAGUGUGACCCCGAUACCAAAGCAUGCUGGUGUGUGGACAGAAAAGGCAUGGAGAUCGCGGGCUCAAAGGUGCAAGGGAACCUCAUAUGUCCUGACAUAGAUUCUAAACUAUCACAAUGCCAACGUCGAUACCAGCAUUCAAUGAAGAGACUAACUUACAAAAUUAACCACCAUGCACCGCGCUGUAAGCCCGACGGCAGCUAUGAGGAAAUCCAGUGUCAUGGACGAACAUGUCACUGUGUGGACAACAACGGUGUUGAAAUUCCGCAUACUAGAGUAAAUGGUCUAGGAAGAAAACCUAAYUGUACUCAUCCAGAUAGCAACGUUACGCCGUGCGAGAAAGCACGUUACUUAUCCAUGAAGACGAACAAGUUUGUGCCACGGUGUUUGCCAGAUGGUAGCUGGCCAGCCAUUCAAUGUGAACACACUACGAGCCUAUGUUGGUGUACAGACAAUCAAGGCAACAAGAUCAAAGAAACAGAGUCUAAAGGUCCUGUUAUAUGUGCUCGUAAAGGCUCUCCAAAUAAGAAAAAAGGCAGCAGUCAAUGCUGGGUGGAAUACGUAGCAGCGUUACGGUCGUCAAGGAGAUCUAGGCGGUUACCAUGGUGCAGGGAUGACGGGAAAUAUAAUCCUAUGCAGUGUCAUGGGUCGUUCUGUUAUUGCGUGACAGAGAACGGCGUUGAAGUGCCUGGUAGUAAACUUAGCAUAGCCACAGGAAGACCAAACUGUCAGUCUUCUGGGGACAAUUUAACUCCAUGCCAGCUUCAAUAUCGAGGCGCUAUGCUGUCAGGCUUCUUGGGUAGUCGUGUACCGAGAUGUAAAACAGACGGUCAGUACGAAGAGGUACAAUGCCAGGCAGGUACAUCAUUAUGCUGGUGCGUCGACGAGAAUGGAAAAGAGCUGCCAGGGACAAGGACGACUAAAGGAAUAAAGUGCCCCGUGAUAGGACGAAAAUUGUUACCAUGCCAACAAAAGUACCUUGCUUACGUACGAAAGUUAUCACCUGAACAAAUGAAACCGCGGUGCACUCUKGGAGGUGAAUUUGAGCCCGUUCAAUGCAAACAGUCKUACUGCUUCUGCGUGGACGAAAAAGGSARAGAGAUUGAUGGCACGAGACUGAACAGGUUGACUGGAAAACCYSUAUGYAAUCGAAAAGAAAAGAAGUACCUUACUCUGUGYCAACAAGAAGUCYACAAGAAGCUUAGCGAGGUAUCAAAACAGCGYGAGGCGCCUCGGUGUAAGCGCGACGGUAGCUAUGAGGAAGUACAGUGCAGUCGUUUUCGUAAAGAAUGCUGGUGYGUUGAYGAACAAGGCCGAGAAGUCACCAAGACAAGAACCAAGGGUUAUAUCAAAUGUCCAUCUGAAGGUAAUGUUCUAACAUCAUGCCAGCAAGCGUACCAGAAAACUCUCCGUCGCUCCUUUGCACCUAACUUUGUCCCGCAGUGUACAAGUGAUGGCCAUUACGAUCCAAUUCAGUGUUUAAAAGACAACUGUUAUUGUGUCAAUGAAUAUGGCGUGGAAAUUGCUAAUUCUAGAAUUUCUGGUAACAAAGAGCGACCAAAUUGUCAACAAUUAGYUAACAGCCCUACGCUAUGUCAACAACAGCUCCAAUUGUACAUUCACUCAGACGACCAUCGUCAGCUCGAGCCCAGUUGCAACGCGGAYGGUUCUUACCGUGAUAUUCAGUGCUAUGGUUCCCAGUGUUAUUGCGUUAACAGCCGAGGUGUUGAGAUACYGGGAACGAGAAAGAAUUUUAUCGACGGUAAACCGAACUGCGAGAAGGAAUCUGCAUCGCUAACGGUAUGCCAACAGUAUCUACAGGAAGCAAUCCUAAACCCUUCMAAUGUGAAUGGGUUUGUAGCGAGGUGUACUAAAGAUGGCCAGUUUGAGCCCAUACAAUGUAACAAUAUCACAGGCGAAUGCUGGUGUGUGGAGACCAGCGGAGAAGAAAUUGRGGACACGCGCACUAAAGGAAUCCCACAAUGCACUGGUCUCGGUGUUACUGCAUGCUGGAGGGACUAUAUUAGAUCAUCCAAUACGUCCCUACAAGGAUCUUUCACCCCUUGGUGUACGAGGAACGGAGCUUAUGAACAACUCCAGGUCCAGGGUUCGCGGUACUUUUGCGUGAAUGACCUUGGCCUUGAAAUCCUGGGCACGACUGUUAGCGUUAUGGAGGAAAAGCCAAACUGCAAAGCGGCAGCUUCUCCAGGGCUCAUUCCGUCGCCAUGCCAACAGGAGCAAAUUAGACAAAAGUACACCCCGCGUACAUCCGAUAGCUACACUCCACGGUGUAAGACAGACGGUAGCUAUGACGAGAUACAGUGCGACGCAACACAGGGUCAAUGCUGGUGCGUGGAUAAAGACGGAUUGGAACUAGAUGGAAUGAGGACUACUGGACUGUUGAUUUGCCCUUCGAAAGGCGUGCUGCCGGCUAGGCGCUUCCUUUACAUAGCAACGUCGACUGAACGCAGAGCACAGCAGAUAGUAAUGAAGGUAGGACAAUGGAUCGGGAUCGGUCAAUUGACAUCUCAUCUCACCAAUACUGAACAAAAUUUGCUUCUCCGUAUAAAAAGUUUAUGUACAAUUUUAGCUUCUCCAGGGCUCAUUCCGUCGCCAUGCCAACAGGAGCAAAUUAGACAAAAGUACACCCCGCGUACAUCCGAUAGCUACACUCCACGGUGUAAGACAGACGGUAGCUAUGACGAGAUACAGUGCGACGCAACACAGGGUCAAUGCUGGUGCGUGGAUAAAGACGGAUUGGAACUAGAUGGAAUGAGGACUACUGGACUGUUGAUUUGCCCUUCGAAAGCACCUCUAACAAGAUGUCAGGCUGAAAGACAAAGAUCUCUAGAAUCACUGGAUUCUCCAGUGAAGUUAUUCAUCCCUCGAUGCAAUGUCGAGGGUGGAUUCGAAGAAAUCCAGUGUCAUGGUCUCACAGGGCAAUGUUGGUGUGUUGAUGUAAAUGGUAUUGAGAUAAUUGGGAGUGUUACGUUUGGAACGAAACCUGAUUGUACUGCAAAAGCCAAGAUGACGUCAUGUGAACGACACCGAGUGGUUGCCAUGGGGAUGACCGGUAAACCAAGUCCCUCUCGAUAUGUACCACAAUGUACCCAUGAAGGGAAAUACAAUGAAGUGCAAUGCCAUACAGGUACAGGAUUAUGCUGGUGUGUGGACACAGAGGGACGUGAAAUCAUAGGYACAAGAGCAUGGGGACAUCAACAGUGCAAGGACACACCGACAGAUAGUAACACCUUACCUCUGGACAUCGCAGUACUCUUCCCGCCGACAUCGAGCAAAACAACUCUCCGUGCCAUCCAGACAUUUCUUCGCUCUCUCGUAUCAUCAUUCGAAGUGUCGCAUCGUGGAACUCACUUCAGUUUCGUAGUCUCAUCUGAGGCGCCCUAUUCUCCUUUGACGUUUAGUAAAUUUGGAUCAGAAGAUGAGUUUACUGCUGAGAACAUUAAUAAGAUUAUUGAUGAUAUGAAGAUUGAUUUUUGUGCAUCGAAGGUCAAUCGAGGCAUCCAUUUUAUUGACCAACAGAUAUUUACUGUUCUCAGUGGAAUGAGAGGCUUGGCUGAUAAGGUAUUAAUUGUUUUAAUUGAUAACCAACAAGCACCAAACCAAGGUCGCCACACACCCCUGUCCACCCUUUCUGAAGAUCUACAAUCAAAGAACAUCAAUAUCUAUGCUAUCGGAAUCUCGAACCAAGUCGACGUAGCCGAGUUGAUGGACAUCGCAUCGGCUCCUCGCAACGUGUUUACUUUGAAGGACUAUGAAAACUUGGCAUUGAAUGGAAAAGAAAUUGUCCACGUAAUUAACAAUGACACCAGAAAUUACUUAAAAGAUAGUAACACCUUACCUCUGGACAUCGCAGUACUCUUCCCGCCGACAUCGAGCAAAACAACUCUCCGUGCCAUCCAGACAUUUCUUCGCUCUCUCGUAUCAUCAUUCGAAGUGUCGCAUCGUGGAACUCACUUCAGUUUCGUAGUCUCCUCUGAAGCGCCCUACGCUCCUUUGACGUUUAGUAAAUUUGAUUCAGAAGACGAUUUUACAGCUGAGAACACUAAUAAGAUUAUUAAUGAUAUGAAGAUUGAUUUUUGUGCAUCGAGGGUCGAUCGAGGCGUCCAUUUUAUUGACCAACAGAUAUUUACUGUUCUCAGUGGAAUGAGAGGCUUGGCUGAUAAGGUAUUAAUUGUUUUAAUUGAUAACCAACAAGCACCAAACCAAGGUCGCUACACACCCCUGUCAACCCUUUCUGAAGAUCUACAAUCAAAGAACAUCAAUAUCUAUGCUAUCGGAAUCUCGAACCAAGUCGACGUAGCCGAGUUGAUGGACAUCGCAUCGGCUCCUCGCAACGUGUUUACUUUGAAGGACUAUGAAAACUUGGCAUUGAAUGGAAAAGAAAUUGUCCACGUAAUUAACAAUGACACCAGAAAUUACUUAAAAGUCGAAAAGCUAUGUAACMUCCCCGUACAGACAGGAAGGCUUGGCUGCUUGGCUAAUAUACGCAAGUGGUACUACAACAGUUUGACUGGACAGUGCCUGCAGUUCACGUACAGCGGUUGUGGUGGAAACGCCAACAAUUUUGCAACGUAUGAGAAGUGCAGGGAAAUGUGUGGAGGUAUUCUGCCCAUGUGUUAUGAAGUCAAACGUCAAAGAGUCACGAAGUUUCUCGACCAAUACCGACCAUCAUGCCAUCGUAACGGUGAAUAUUCAGCGAUGCAGUGCUAUGGUGGAUACUGUUGGUGUGCCAAUAAGGAUGGUGUUGAACGAUCUGGUACACGGGUACAGGGUAUUCCAGUAUGUACUAUUGUACAAGGCAGGACAACAGCAUGCUUAAAAGAACGUCUUCAAGCUCUCGGUGGCCCCGGGGUUCCGAGCAUUGGCCGACAUGCUCCCGAUUGUGAUUCGAAUGGAAACUAUCGUGCUACACAAACAAAUGGAAAUUCCGAGUUUCGGUGGUGCGUGGAUCCCGCGGGAUAUCCCGUCACUGGAACUCAGCGUUGGGGAAAGCUUAACUGUACAGAGGCCGUUCAUAGAUUAAGGAGUCAUAGAAAAGUUUCAGGGAAAACGCAAUGCGAGAGAGAAAGCAUCAAAUCCGAUCUUCUCGACAAUGGAAGAAGACUAUUCAAACCCGCGUGCAAACAAGAUGGCGGCUACGAAGAGAUCCAGUGCUWUGGGAGUGUUUGUUGGUGUGUCGAUCACCAUGGAAACGAGAUCAUGGGAACGAGGCAGCGAGGAACUCCCAAUUGCACACAAGUAGCUUUGCUUAGCAAAUGUCAUCGAGAAUACAAACGAUCCAUGAUCCUUCGAGGGGUUACACCUUUAGGCUACUUCCUGCCCCAGUGUACUUCUGACGGGCGAUUUGAGCCAGUCCAGUGCCACUCGGCCACAGGGUACUGCUGGUGUGUUGAUAAAGCUGGUAACGAGCUAGCAGGCACUAGACAAUGGGGAAGACCGAAUUGCACCAAUGUUACAAACCAAACAGUUUGUCAAUUCCGUCGGGAAGAAUGCGAAGACAACCAAGUAGCCGGUCAUUUCAUYCCUAAAUGUGGAAACGAUGGAAGUUUUGUAGACUUACAGUGUCUCGAGAGCAUGGGGGAAUGUUGGUGUGUGGAUCACUAUGGYUACGAGUUGCCUGGCACUAGGACAUCGUCCAAUCAUCGUCCUAAUUGUGGACUUUUAGCUUGGCUAAGUCCGUGUCAGAUUCAACGACGAAAAGCACUYGGACCGGAUGGGCUUCCUGUGGUAGGGCUAUUCGUUCCCGAGUGCAAAUCAGAYGGGUCGUACGAGCCUGUUCAGUGCCAUCACCAUGACAAUGGUGAUAAGGUUUGUUGGUGUGCAGAUGGACAAGGAGUCGARGUUCUUGGUUCAAGAAGACGUCCAGGAGUGCGGCCAUUUUGUGGUAAAAGAUCGCUAUGUAAUGAGCUCCGUGAUUAUUAUUCAUCRUCAAACAMAUCUCGCUUCGUACCUCAAUGCAAACGUGGUAGAUUUAAGCCAGUUCAGUGUCAACAUUUYAAGAAUAUGCCAGAGAUAUGCUGGUGUGUUGAUGAGUAUGGMAACGAAGUCUACAGUACCAUGUCAUCAAAGAAACAGAACUGUUCAGAUCCAGGGCUGACGGUCUGUCAACACGGUCAUAACAAAGCACUGAUAGAAGGCAAAGCCAUAGUGUCUCGCUGUAACAUUGAUGGCAGUUACGCCGACAUGCAAUGUAACACUAAGACUARAGAAUGCUGGUGUGUUGACCGUUACAAUAAUGAGAUUAAGAACAGUAGACGAACAGGACAAGUCACUUGCGAGUCGAGAGAGGAUAAGAGAGUAUGUAAUCUUCCUGUAGAUGCUGGACCUUGCGAGUCAAAUCUGCUUCGCUGGUUUUACAAUAGUAAAUCUAAAAGAUGCGCUGCAUUCGUUUAUGGCGGAUGUGUUGGCAACGAAAACAAAUUCAUAGAUUAUGCAUCAUGUCAAGGGCAGUGUAAAGGGGUACCGUUAACCUCUUGCCAACAAGARCAAAGUCUAUCCGAAGUUUUAACCAAUCAACGCAAGCCAUCUUGCAAUGUUAACGGUAGCUAUAAACAAGUUCAGUGUAAUAACGUGACAAAGCAAUGCUGGUGCGUUGAUAAAGGUGGACGAGARGUCACGGGUUAUAGAACAACAAAUGGUACAACACCUGAGUGCCCGAGAAAUAAAGGGCUAUCUUCAAUACACGGUCACAAAUGGCAUCAAUAAUUCAUAGUAAAGGAAAUGAUCUGUUUCAUUGCGUGAACUAAGCCAGUAGCCGAUACCAUCGUCACCCUGGGCACUGCUGGUUUUCAAUGGUCAAUCAAGCGGCUUUGUUAGUGGUUUAGAAUAUACKGGUAUUACUGAGAAAUCUGACAUUGUUAAUGAACUAUUGACAGGGCCGUCCUUAGAAUAAUCAAUAAUUAAUCAUCAAUUGAUUAAUUAGUUAUUAAUCAUCAAUUGAUUAAUUAGUUAUUAAUCAUCAAUUGAUUAAUUAGUUAUUAAUCAAUUAUUAUUGAUUAACUUAAUUAGCUCAUUUCGUUUUAAUAUAUAUAAAUAAUAGCAAAAUUAUGCAGAUUUGGAUUACUCACUAUGUUACAAAAGCGCUUUCGUAGCUGUGUGUAAAUACGUAGGUCUUAACUUCCUAAGAAGGGUUGUCAUGAUUGGUUGAAUAAAAUAGCAGGACUUCUAGAUUUAAUCAUCUGACAACCGAUGUAAAGUAGAAAAGGGGGAGCGUAAGGGUAAUUGGAGGCUGAACGGGUUUCUUUUCAAAGAACUGAGCGCUUUACAGAUUUGUAUCUGUAUUUUUGACGUGAUUUUUUAUUGCGGUGUAUUUGUGUUGUGCAUCAGUCAAUUGAAGCCCCGAUCUCCCAUCCACUCGAAAAAAUACCGGGGAAUUAACUUUUUAACAAUGUUGUAAAGUCCGGCUUUUCCCCCAGCUUAUUUACAGUUUUAUUUAGACUUGAAAACCCCUACCUUAGUCUCCUCUCGCAGCCGUUACGAGGCUCGUAACGGCUGCGAACGAACCUGGGAAAAAACCUCGUAACGGCUGCGAACGAACCUGGGAAAGAACCUCGUAACGGCUGCGAGAGGAGACAACCCCUACCCCCAAGGGGAUUGAUUUUCUUAAAACAGUAUCAAAUCCCCGACUAUAAGAUGUUAAUUCCCCGGUACUCGGUACUCUUCAGCAGUUUGAAGGGGAGGUUUGGUGUUUAAGUUGAGUGAUGCAUUACUUUUGAUCGUGGUUUGUAUCACCAAUACGCCCCUCCCCCUCCCCCAAAGAAUUCCAUAAAGGAUCUGAAUAUAUUUAUGAAUUGCAUUCAUAUGCUUGAUGUGUCUGAAAGGUUCAAACUAAAAUAAACAAAUGCUUUUAUCUGGAA